AUGGAAACACAGGUUCAAACUUCAACUCGCACCCACGACCCUUGGGCUGCCACCCAUCAGGUCACUCUUCAACCAGCUAUCAUGGACCCCAAACAGCGAUUCUACCAUCACUUCCUGAAAAGUGUGACGGUUAUCCAAGACCUAAUCGAUGGGCUACCAUCUAUUGCCAGUGUUGGCGGUGAGCGCCAGGAAGCCAUUGAUCAUAUCUUGGCCAGCAUCGCAAAGCUACAGAACGAGGUAGUGGAUGCUGCUGAUUAUACUCCUUCCUAUGAUCGAAAACAAUACUCUGAGGUCAGACCGCCGACUAUCAAAACUCUACAAGACAAGUUGAACGAGACUAUAACUAGCAUUACGCCCAAGUCGAAAUUUCAAUUCCGCCGCCCAAAGACUAAUCAUGUUGACAUGGGCGCUCCCGAGAACGAUCCUCGUCUUAAUCCUGGAAGUCAUUCUCGGGCCAAGCACGACGCAGCCAUUAUCACCGGCAUGGCCAGCGCUCUGCCUACGAACAAGGAGGAUACACUCAGCGAACUACCGUCCAAAGAGACGUACAAAAACUACAAUGAGGAGAUGAAAAGACCGAGCCCCUCAUCCCUCCGGAAACCUAGCUUUUCGGCAGCAAAGAACAUUGGGAUCUCGAACCACUCUAACUUGCACAUAAUUUUACCGUCCUCAGCGUCACGCGCAACCUCGUCUGGUAGUCUUACUGAUCUCGAAGGCUGUAUUAUCGACAUGUCCAUCCCAACAACUGAGGGCUCAGCAUUCCCUGGACUGGCUAUCAAGAACGUGACCAAGAGCCUCAUCGUUGGCGGUCGUGUUAAUGGCGCGGUCCACAUCACAGGAGUGUCCGAUAGCAUUGUAGUGGUUGUGGCUAGACAGGUUCGAAUUCACGAGUGCAGCAAUGUUGAUAUCUACUUGCAUUGCGGAAGCCAUCCCAUCAUUGAGGAUUGUUCUGGCAUGCGGUUCGCACCGCUGCCUACACCAUACGUAAGACUUGUUCACAAUUCAUCUAUUGUGUUUCCAGCUAACCAAGAGCAGAGGACCGAAGCAGAAGAGACGGAUGAGAACCAGUGGGACCAAGUAGACGACUUCAAAUGGCUCAAGGCUGGUCACAGCCCAAACUGGACCACUCUAUCAGAAAACGAGAGACUCGGCGAUGAUCUUUGGAGAAGUGUUGUGCCCGGUCAGCCUGGCGUCAGUGUGGAGGAAGCUUUGAGGAAGCUCAAUAUUCCCCGAAAGUAG